AUGAAGAAUUGGCUUCAAUCGUUGGUGGUCUUCGAUGAUGGUCGCACGAAUGGGUUGGUGGUCUUCGAUGAUCGUUGGUGGUCUUCGAUGAUCGUUGGUGGUCUGGAGGUUUCUGGAGGUGAAGUUGAAGAGGUUUCUGGAGGUGAAGUUGAAACGUCGCGCGAAUGA